AUGGCUAGAACGCUAUCAAGAAUAAUUAAGACUACAAAAGCAUCAUUAGGUGUUUUUAGCCGGGUCGCAAUCGUCAAUCAUUUAUCGGUGCGAUUCCAGCAGACAGGAAAAAUGCGGGGUGGACCGCUUUGUGACAGCGACAGAAUUUUUACGAAUUUGUAUGGUAGGCACGACUGGCGACUUGAAGGUGCCUUAAGUCGGGGUGAUUGGUACUUGACUAAAGAAAUCAUCCUGAAGGGCUCUGACUGGAUUAUCAAUGAAAUGAAGACUUCAGGCCUUCGAGGUCGGGGUGGUGCGGGUUUCCCUACUGGCAUGAAGUGGUCCUUCAUGAAAAAGCCAUCUGAUGGUCGUCCCAAAUUCCUCAUAAUCAAUGCGGAUGAGGGUGAACCUGGCACGUGCAAAGACAGAGAGAUCAUACGCCAUGAUCCCCAUAAGCUCAUUGAAGGGGCCUUGCUCGCUGGUGCUGCUAUAGGCGCACAUGCUGCGUAUGUUUAUAUAAGAGGAGAAUUUUACAAUGAAGCUAACAUUCUCCAGAUGGCGAUUGCUGAGGCCUACCAAGCGGGUCUCAUAGGUAAAAACGCUUGCGGCUCUGGUUUUGACUACGACGUGUUUGUACACCGCGGCGCUGGUGCAUAUGUCUGUGGCGAGGAGACUGCCCUCAUCGAGUCCAUAGAGGGCAAGCAGGGUAAACCAAGGCUGAAGCCACCCUUCCCAGCAGACGUUGGUCUGUUCGGGUGCCCUACUACCGUGAACAAUGUGGAAACUAUUUCUUCGUCACCAACGAUCCUCCGACGCGGUGGGGCCUGGUAUGCGUCACUCGGUCGACCACGUAACCAUGGCACCAAGCUAUUUAACAUCUCAGGACACGUGUGCACGCCAUGCACCGUCGAAGAGGAGAUGAGCAUCCCACUCAGAGAGUUGAUCGAAAUGCACGCCGGUGGUGUUUUGGGGGGGUGGGAUAACCUGUUGGCGGUUAUUCCUGGAGGAUCAUCUUGUCCUCUUUUACCUAAACACAUAUGUGAUACAGUACUUAUGGAUUACGACGACUUAAUGUCGGUGAAUUCAUCUUUUGGCACAGCAGCGAUGAUAGUUAUGAACCAGCAGACCGACAUAGUGAAAGCCAUUGAUCGGCUGCUCACGUUCUAUGCACAUGAGUCUUGUGGCCAGUGCACGCCAUGCCGCGAGGGUGUAGGCUGGAUGAAGAAGAUUCUCCAAAGACUUGUCUGCGGAAAUGCUGCCUUGAAAGAAAUCGACAUGCUGUGGGAAAUGUCUAAGCAGAUUGAAGGGCACACGAUCUGUGCACUAGCUGAUGGCGCUGCCUGGCCGAUCCAGGGUCUUAUCCGCUACUUCAGACCUGAAUUGGAGCGCCGUAUUCAAGAGUAUAACUGCUGCUGCGGCCCAAGUAAAGCAGAGCGCUGCUUCUAAUAAUAU